CAAAAGAGGAAGAAAUUUAGGAAGUUCUGUUGGAUAAGCGCUCACCGAGGAUAUGGAAAAAGAAAAAGUCUCCUGUUCCAUCUGUUUGGAUCUACUGAAGAAUCCAGUGACUAUUCCCUGUGGACACAGCUACUGUAUGAACUGCAUUAAAGCCUCAUGGGAUACUAAUAGUCAAAGGAGGAUCUACAAAUGCCCUCAGUGCAGGAAGAUCUUCAUACGAAAGCCUGUGCUGAAAAAAAAUAUCAUGUUAGCAGAGUUAGUGGAGGAUCUGAAUAAGAGAAAUCCCCAAGCUGCUGCAGCUGAUCACUGCUAUGCUGGACCUGAAGAUGUGGCCUGUGAUGUCUGCACUGGGAGGAAAAGGAAAGCUGUUAAGUCCUGUUUAUACUGUCCUGCUUCCUACUGUGAGAAUCACCUCCAACCUCAUUAUGAUGCUCCACCAUUGAAGAAGCACAAGCUGGUCAACCCCUCCAAGAAUCUCCAGGAGAACUUCUGCUCUCACCAUGAUGAGGUGAUGAAGAUCUUCUGUCGUACUGAUCAGCAGUGUAUCUGUUAUCUCUGCACUAUGGAUGAACAUAAAGGCCAUGAAACAGUCCCAGCUGCAGCAGAAAGGACUGAGAAGCAGAAGGAGCUCCAGGUGAGACAACAACAAAUCCAGCAGAGAAUCCAGGACCAGGAGAAAGAUGUGAAGAUGCUUCAACAGGAGGUGGAGGCCAUCAAUGGCUCUGCUGAUAAAGCAGUGGAGGACAGUGAGAAGAUCUACAAUGAGCUGAUCCGUCUCCUGCAGAAAAGAAGCUCUGAUGUGAAGCAGCAGAUCAGAUCCCAGCAGGAAACUGAAGUGAGUCGAGUCAAAGAGCUUCAGGAGAAGCUGGAGCAGGAGAUCACUGAGCUGAAGAGGAAAGAUGCUGAGCUGGAGAAGCUCUCAAUCACAGAGGAUCACACCCAGUUUCUCCAGAACUACCCCUCACUGUCAGCACUCAGUGAGUCUACACACUCAUCCAGCAUCCAUUUAUGGCCAAUUAAAGAUGUUUCACAGCUGAGUGAUGAACUACAGGACAUGCUGAGAAAUGCAUGGACAGGUAUCUCACUGUCAGCCACUGAAGUGGAUGUUUUACUCUCGAAAUCAGAACCAAAAACCAGGAUGGAAUUAUUAACCUAUUCAAAAAAAAUCAAACUGGAUCCAAACACAGCAAACAGGUAUAUCUUGCUAUCUAAGAAGAACAGAAAAGUAACAUUAAUGGAGCAGCUACAGUUGUAUCCUGAUCAUCCAGACAGAUUUACUCGAUGGUGGGAAAUACUGAGCAGAAACAGUCUGACUGGACGUUGUUACUGGGAGGUGGAGUGGAUCGGGGAAGCAGUUUAUGUUGCAGUUGCAUACAAGAACAUCAGCAGAAAAGGAACGUCCCAGGAUUGUGUUUUUGGAUUCAACAACAACUCGUGGGCUUUACAAUGUGAGGAAGGAUCCUACACCUUUUGGCACAACAGUGUUAAAACUCCAGUAUCAGGUCCAGUUUCCUCCAGAAUAGGAGUGUAUCUGGAUGACAGAGCAGGUAUUCUGUCUUUCUACAGCAUCUCUGGAACCAUGACUCUCCUCCAUAGAGUCCAGACCACAUUCACUCAGCCUCUAUAUGCUGGAGUUUGGCUUUCUGAUGACGGAGACUCUGCUGAGUUUGUUAAACUAAAAUAGAUUGAUCCGAAGUCCAGUUGUUUAAAAUGUGGACUGGGUUUCCACUUGCUUUAUUCUCCUUCGU